AUGCUACGAUUGCAAUUCACCUUCGCGCUUUUGCUAGCCUUGAGCCUUUUCUCCAAUGGAGCUCAUGGAUUUUGGCGGAGUAAGCAAGUUAUCGGCUAUGCAAUGGUUUCUAAAGAGCAUGCUAAGGCAAUUAAUAAAAACCACGAUUUGAUUGUACAAGUUUCUCCAAAGUAUCAAGUAGGAGCUGGCUUUUACCUUCGAGAUAGACCUGGCUGGGAAAGACAAGUAGGAAAAUGGUAUUGUGUUAUCAAAGCAGACAAAAAGAAAAUAAAAGCAGCCCGCAAAGUGACGAUCCCGAAAUUUAAUCAAAUACGUAUUGCGCCUGAUCGGUCUCAAACAACGACAUUGUAUGGCGCAGAGGAACACGUUAUCUCGAACUAUAUAGCGAUAUAUAGAGGUUUGCCUCAGCCCGAUAAAGUGCUGCGAUUUUCUUGGGUUGAGGGCCUCGAUCAGCAACGACAGAUGACUAUUCCAGCGCAAAUGGUAAUGAACGAUGAUUUGGAAACCUGGGCCAAAUGCUUUGAAACAGAAGAAAAGCUAAGGAAAUAUUCGGAAGAGACUAUUGAAUGGGAACGCGAUUGGAAGCCUGAUGUCGAUUUCCAGUCAAUUGCCCCUCCAAGGCAAGGAAGCCAAAGGGGUGAAAGUGGAAAUUAA